GACCUCAUACUAGGAAUGGACGUACUGGGAGUGUACAAUUUUUCCCUUAACCUUAGCACCGCCGAGUGCUAUCUGGAAGGCCGACUAAUCUCCAAACCAACACCUAAAGUGGGAAAAACUGUGGAGGUACACGCCACUGGCGAACACUUGCUGGAACUGACCAAGGCACAGAAAAAGAAGUUGGACGCUUUUCUCGCCAGAGAAAUGAAGGAGUUCGAGAAGUUGUCCGGCACCACGAAACUGAUAGAACACAAAAUCAAACUCAAACCUGGGACAGAACCGAUUAAACAGCGAUACCGGCCACAGAAUCCGAAGAUGCAGGAAAUCUUCAACCAGGAAGUAGAUCGAAUGCUGGCUGAGGGAGUUAUUGAGCCUUCUAAGUCGCCGUGGAGUUCACCUGUUGUGUUAGUCAAAAAGAAGGACGGUAAAUACCGGUAACAGGGAUACUGGCAAAUACCGUUAGAAAAGGAUAGCCGGCCUAUUACAGCAUUCACGGUCCCGGGAAGAGGACUAUUUCAGUUCACCGUCAUGCCAUUCGGCUUAC